AUGUAUUUCUGUCGGAUCUAUCUAUCUAUCUAUCUAUCUAUCUAUCUAUCUAUCUAUGCACACGCGCGCGCUCGCGCGCAUCUUUACACAUUAUUUCUUGUAUACGUGCGCCGGUGUCAAGCGAAAACUUCAACAGCUUCCAGUGAAAUUGUUGUAGCCAUGGCGUCUUGUGGCUUGCUUGCGAAAACUGACUUUCCUCUUUAUACUGUCCGGGCUUUGGACGAGAAACAUUUUUUAGUGGCUGGUGGAGGAGGACCUGUAAAAACCGGAGUAGCUAAUGCUUUGGAAAUCUUUGAUGUCUCUUUUGCAGAUGAACGUAUCAAAGCUACUAGUGUUACACAUCUGGAUACAGGUUCACAGGCUGUGAUGAACAGUGCUACAUAUUCAGAUGGUCGGCACCAUCUGUUGGCCAUAGGAAUGGACAAUGAAUGUCACUUGUACUCUCUCAAGUAUAAAGUUGUACAAACAGAGGACAAAAAAUCAGAAGGUGAAGCGAGACAUCGCAAAACAAAAAAGUCUGAUGAGAAAGAAAACAGCAAGAAUGGACCUGCAAAAAUUGUGACGUUUGAUGUGGAAUCCUUAGGAUUGGUCUGCAAUGAAAGUGAGACCGAGUUCCAGAAAGUUGUACAGUUUAGUCCUGAUGGUAGUUUGUUAUUCACUGGUAGCACAGAAGGAAUCUUACGUGCAUGGGAGCAUUCAAAAUUGAAGAUAGCUUACCAGUUUAAGGCCCAUUCUUCAGAUAUUGAUGAUCUUGCAGUAUGUCCAAAUGGAAAAUGGUUGGUUACAAUUUCCAAAGACAAUUCUGGCAUUGUUUGGAAUGCCAAGGAUGGUAAGAAACACACUGAUCUCAAAUGGGCAGCAAAAACAACAGAACAGUACCGAUUCCGUGGCUGUUGCUUUGGUUGUGUAGAAGGUGACAAGGAGAAAAUCAAUCUCUACACCAUAAACAUUCCAAGCCGUAGAGCUGUUAAACCUCUGCCCUGUUAUGUUACAAAAUGGGAUUGUACAAGUUUUAAAUCUUCCAAGAUUGAGAAAACUGGCACAGAAAUCUUAUCGGCUCUUUGUGUCAGUGCUGAUGGUGACUACUUGGGUCUUGGGACUAUAUCAGGCAGCGUCAGUGUCUACAUUUCUUUUAGUUUGCAGAAAUUAUACCAUGUCCCAGCAUCGCAUGGAAUAUUUGUAACAGGUGUAGAAUUUUUGCCAACAUCCUCUUCCACACGUGCUGUAACUGGAAAACAUGAUUUCAACCUCCUCAGCAUUUCUCCUGAUUAUAUGGUGCAGAUUCAUCAACCCAGUGAAGGAUGGUUCCUGCGAAUUGAAGUUGGUUUGUGGAUAAUAACUAUUGGGGCUUUGACAAUUCUUGCUCUCAUAAUUUGGCUACUUGGAAUAUUGGGUUACUGA